CGGGGAAAGUUCAGGGGCGCGCUGACGUCACGCGGGCGGCUCGAGCUCGGCCAAGAUGGCGGCGGCGGUGGCGCUGAGGCUGAGUGUGCGAUGGAUAGUCCUAACUUGGGUGGCUCUUCAUAUCACUACAACAGAAGCUGUGGACAGAAGUAACUUUAAAACCUGUGAACAAAGUGCAUUCUGCAAGCGACAGAGGAAUAUUAAACCGGAGAAUUCUCCCUAUCGCGCUCUGCUCAACUCAUUGGAUGUGACCCAUGAAAGUGUGAAGCUGCAGCUGAUUAAUGAAGUGAAUAAGGUUCCGCUCCUACUUGAAGUAUAUGGUCUGCAAGGGAAUAUGACCAGGAUUAAAAUUAAUGAAUUAAAUCCACUGAAAACGAGAUAUGAAGUUCGGGACGUGUUAGUGCGAGAGCCGCCUACUGUACCCUUAACAGUUGUAGGCAGGGAUGAAGACAGUGUGGAACUGGGCUUUGAAAACAAGUUGUACAAAGUGAUCAUCACCUCCAAGCCGUUCAGAAUGGACAUCAUGACUGGGAAUGAGCUGCUGCUGAGUAUCAACUCACGGGGGCUGAUGGUGUUUGAGCACUUACGAAAAAGGAAGGACUCUUACACGGAAAAAAUUAGUAGCACAGUCGGUAGCAUGUGGAGUAAAAUCAAGAACGUGUUCAUUAGUGCAUGCAUGCUUCUGUUCGCGCUUUUUGCUUGUGGCGAGGGGACUGAGUAA